CCUGAGUUCCGACAUCAACAUGUACAAUGACUGCGGCGGGCGUAUUCGUAACCUGUGUAAAUGCUUGUGCCGCGCUCAACGCAGCCAUUUCAUUAGGGCAAGUGAUUAUUUCGACAGCGGUAUUGCCAUGGUCGGCGCGUUGGCGUUGGAGGUCUUCGAGGAGUGCAGGGUGAUCAGAGCCCCAGUUUACGAAUGCGUGGGUGAUGCCGACCUGGGCUAGAGUGUGGAAAAAGAGAGAAGAUGUGGUGUACAUUAUGGGCAACGAUGGAGGGCAGCACUAGAUCAUGAAGUACAGGUGUGUAUUAUAUAUAGUGCUGACUAUCCUGGGAAGUAGCAUGGGAUAUGAUGCACUUUCCUGGAUUGACAAGCCGCACAAGCGCAAUGCUGUGCGGAAAGUCGAGAACUCCAGGUUAGAUGGGUGGGAGAUGAAUACACAGUACUUGACGGAUAAGAACUAUUCAAUAGAUGACGAUGUCGUAUCAGGUUCAGCUUUUUUCGGGUUAGCAGAUGAAGGAUAUACAACGUAGUAGAAAGAAUGCGUUCAUGCUGACUCCGACAGCCAACCUCAAGGUUUGACUUGUCACUUGACCUGGUCCGAACUCGACAAGAUCUGGUGGAUUAAUCAGAAAACAGCUCAUUUACUCGCAAGACGAUGUAACGCACGCAUUAUCCCUUCAAGAACGCCC